AUUCUCCAUUAAUGCCCUUUCAUAUAUUUCUCUUCUUUCGUUUAUAUAUAUCUGCUGCAGCGAGAAAAGGAUGCUGGGUCAUAUUGUGGGCAACUUCAAGGCAGCUGCCGCCGGUAUGGUUGGCGGGGGGAAGAAGGUCAUGGGUACUGCUGUUUUGAUGAAGAAGAAUGUUCUGGACUUCAACGACUUCAAUGCAUCAAUUAUCGACAGGCUUGAUGAAUUGAUCGGGCGGAAAGUCUCCCUGAAACUCAUCAGUGCUAAGAAUGGUGACCCUGGUGAGUUCUCUACGUGUUUGAUCUUUUGUCUCAACAAAAAAUUUUUCUUCACUAGAAAGAAAGAUCAAAAACUGGGUCUUCUUCAAAACUGAUGUCUUGUUUAAUCUAUUAAACGGACUGGUUUUUCUCUUUUUGAGUACAUAGAGAUGGGGUCUUUGACUUCAGUUUUCCAAGUGUAUAUAUGGUCUUUAGUUUAUCCCAUCCAUAAAACUUUACUCGGAAGAAAGACAGAAAAUUAAC